AUGGAUGGGACAAACCACACAGCUGUGACCGAGUAUGUCCUGCUGGGCCUCCGGGGGCACCGUGGCCUGGAGACAGCGCUGUUUGUGUUCUGCCUGGGCAUCUACUGUGCUACUCUCCUGGGGAACGCCUUCCUUCUGGGGCUGAUCAUGCUGGACCCCCACCUGCACAACCCCAUGUACUUCUUUCUCAGCAACCUCUCACUCAUAGACAUCUGUGGCACCUCUUCCUUCACACCUCUGAUGCUACACAACUUCCUGGAUGUCCAAAGGACCAUCUCCUUCCCCAGCUGUGCUCUGCAGAUGUACAUGACCCUGGCACUAGGUGCUACAGAGUGCCUGCUUCUGGCUGUGAUGGCCUAUGACCGGUAUGUGGCUAUCUGCCAGCCACUUCGCUACUCAGAGCUCAUGACUGGGCAGCUAUGCAUGCAGAUGGCAGUAAUAAGUUGGGGAACAGGCUUUGCCAACUCACUGCUACAAUCCAUCCUUACCUGGCGCCUCCCUUUCUGUGGUCAUAAUGUCAUCAACCAUUUCUUCCGUGAGAUCUUGGCAGUUCUGAAACUGGCCUGUGGGGACAUCUCCCUCAAUGCCCUGAUAUUAAUGGUGGCCACAACUGUCCUGACAAUGACCCCACUUGUGCUCAUAUGCUUCUCUUACAUUUUCAUCCUGGCUACCAUUUUUAGGGAACCCUCUGCCGCAGGCAGGACCAAAGCUUUCUCCACCUGCUCUGCCCACCUCACAGUGGUGGUGAUUUUCUAUGGAACCAUCUCCUUCAUGUAUCUCAAGCCCAAAAACAAAGACCCCAGCGUGGAUAAGAUUGUCACAUUAUUCUAUGGGAUUGUAGCACCUCACUAA